AAUGUGAUAAAUCCUUUCCUAUGGGUGUUUGUUUCAUAAUUGUAAUGGCAAGAAGCGCCGGUUUAGGCGCCACUGCGGUACCCUUUUGCCCCACCCACGGGCCAGAUGCGAGAGCUUAAAACCCGGGGCUACCCUUCAGGCACAGCUCACUUGCAACUGUGGUUUCUUCGUUGAAACUUGGUCGCGAGCCGCUUGCUACAAACCCUACAUACACGGCCCACCGUCUGUUUGCGUCGUUUGUUGUCUAAACUUUGCCAGAGAACGCUGUCACCAUGCAGAGAGCUCAGCUCACAGCGAAAUCCAGGAUGUCCAAAGGCUCGGCCAUGCCAGCCGACCUCAUCCUGUACGGGGGCGACAUCAUCACCAUGGAGGGGAGCGAGGCCAACCCGGGGUCCCGCGAUGCCGACUCCCCGCCAAAGACCGAGGCCGUAGCGAUCAGCGGGGACACCAUCCUGGCCGUGGGCUCCAUCGAUGUGGUCUUCCGUCACGCCGGACCCGACACCCAGGUCAUCUUCCUGAACCAACAGACCCUGAUGCCGGGCUUCAUCGAACCCCACCAGCACGCUAUACAGUGCGCCCUCAUGCGGAGCCAGUACAUCAACAUCAGUGCCCUGAAUUACAGGUGCUAUGAUGACAUUCACACCGUCAUGGUGAACAGAAUCAGCGAGCUGGACGCAGAUCCCAACAACAAGGACUGGGCCAUCUUCUUCGGCUGGGACCCUGAGCUCAUCUCCGACCUGCCCACUCUCAGCGCCGACUUCCUGGAUGCCAACUUCUCCUCCACCAUUCCGAUCGUCGUGGUUGGUCAGAGCGGUCACGUGGCCUGGGUCAACAGUCCCGCUCUUGCGGCACCUGAGCCACCUAUUGGCCAGAAUUACCCUAGUCCAUCUGGAGGUACCGUGGUCCUGGAUGCCGAGGGCUGGCCCACCGGGCAGCUCUUCGAGGAGCCGGCCAUCAUGCUGGUCAUGGGUCGAGCCCCACUUCCCGACGAGGAGCUCGUGAUGCAGGGCUUCUAUGAUCAGUGGAGAGCCUACGCCUCAGCCGGGCUGACCACCGUGACUGAUCUGGCCUACAUGCCUUCUCCCGAGAUGGAUGCGAUUCUCAAGACUUGUGCUGAUGCUCCAGACUUCCCUGUCCGCCUGGGUCUGUACAAAAUGACCCAUGCGCAGACAGACGAAGAGGUGCAUCAGCCCCAAUCAGCUCCCCCUCCGCCGAAGGUAAGAUGCUGCAGCCAGCUGGGGCGCGUUCAGCCCGCACCACCCAAGAAAGGCAGGAGCGUCGUGAAAAACUACGACGGGGGAGUUGGCAACUACAGCUCCCGUCUGUGGGAAGUUGGCUUGAAGUUGGUUGCUGAUGGCUCCCCGCACUGCGGCACAUGCGCUACCCGCGAACCCUUCAUGUACACCCCGCUGACUGAAACCCUGGGGUUCCCCAAGGCACCUGGCUACGGCACCUUGAACAUGGAGGACGAUGCUCUCCUGGAUACCAUCAAGAGACAUCACCAGGACGGGAAGCAGAUGGCGAUCCACUGCCACGGCGAGAGGAGCUCUGAACAGGUGUUGAAGGUGUAUGAGCAGGUCCUGAACCAGUUCCCGAAUCAGAACAACCGUCAUCGCAUGGAGCAUCUUGGCUUGAUGACCGUGGACCAGAUUGAACGCGCUGGCAAGAUCAAUCUGGCACUUUCUUUCUUCGUGGACCAUCUCCGCUUCUACGCCUUGGUCUACAAGACUGACAUCUUUGGUGAGCGAGUCAACCGCUGGACUCCGCUGUCUGAGGCAACCAAGAAUGGCAUUACUUGGACCAUUCAUCAGGAUCAUCCGACCUUCCCCGGAGAAGCCAACCCUUUCGCCAACAUGAAGACAGCCAUCACCCGUUGCACCAGGGAUGACCCUACCACUCCUUACGGCCCGGAGUACCGCGUGUCCAUCCACGAAGUUCUCAAGUCCUACACCGUCAACGCGGCCUGGCAGCUCCACCUGGACCAGAAGGUAGGAAGUAUCAAGCCUGGCAAGAAGGCCGACCUGGUGAUUCUCUCUGACAACCCUUACGACGUGGACCCGUUUGACUUGGAGAAGAUCCGUGUCAUUGAGACCUUCGUGGACGGGCGCCGCAACAACCUGGCCAACAUCAAGACCAUACCCACGGUCAACGUCAAGGUGCUAGACCGUCCGGUUUAGGCAAACUAGACAUGCCGCAGAAUAAG